UUUCCCGUGAGCAGCGCCGACCAGGAGCGUCUGUCUGGUUGCUCAGCAACUGCACCAGGGCUGCCGAGGAGGCUGGUACCCGCGAUAUUUACCAAACCUGAGUUACCGACCUGGCGCGUCCCACGAACGAAAGUUGGGCAUAAAACAAUACUUAAACCACUUCUUAACAUGGUAUCAGAAGAGAGCUAUUGCCAAGAGUUUGUUUGAUUUAUAGAGAAGUCAUGGUUCGACUGACUUUGGAUCUCAUCGCCAAGAACAGCAAUCUUAAACCCCGAAAAGAAGAAAACACUCUACAAUACCUGAAGAAAAUAACUCAUAUAAAUUUUUCAGAUAAAAAUAUAGAUGCAAUUGAAGACCUCUCUCUUUGUAAAAAUCUUAGUGUUUUAUAUUUGUAUGAUAACCGCAUUAGUCAAAUCACUAACCUGAAUUAUGCCACAAAUCUGACCCACUUAUACCUACAAAACAAUUGUAUUUCAUGUAUAGAGAACCUCAGGUCAUUAAAGAAACUGGAAAAACUAUAUCUGGGAGGCAAUUACAUUGCUGUCAUAGAAGGCUUAGAAGGACUAGAAGGACUAAGAGAGCUUCAUGUUGAGAGUCAGAGGCUUCCCCUUGGAGAAAAGCUUGUGUUUGAUCCAAGAACCCUUCAUUCUCUGGCAAAAUCCCUCUCUAUAUUGAAUAUCAGCAAUAAUAAUAUUGAUGACAUAAGAGACUUAGAAAUACUGGAGAAUCUUAAUCAGCUCAUAGCAGCUGACAAUCAACUUCUGCACGUGAAGGAUUUGGAGUUUUUACUGAACAAGUUGAUGAAGCUGUGGAAAAUGGAUCUAAAUAGAAAUCCUGUUUGUCUCAAACCAAAAUACAGAGACAGACUGAUAUUGGUGUCCAAAUCACUGGAAUUCCUUGAUGGGAAAGAAAUUAAAAACAUGGAAAGACAAUUCCUAAUGAAUUGGAAAGCAUCCAAAGAUGCCAAGAAAACCAGCAAGAAAAAGAACAGUAAGAACGAGGAUACACGUAACUCAUGCAACAGUAACUUUGAAACAGUGCAUCACAUAGUUCCCGUUUAUUACCCACGGGUGGGUAAGCCAAAAUUAGUUUUUUUCUCUGAUAUACAGAGAUUUCUUCCAAAUGGAAAUGCAUCUCCAGAAAGCUCCCAAGAAGAUAACCCUAAAAUUAUUGAAGACACAGGAAAUCUCUCUUUGAAGGCAUCUGAAAGCUUGCUGACAAAAAAUGAUGUACGUGAACCUCACCUUCUUCAUAAUUUGAAAGUAAAAGAAAAUUUGUUUGUAAAAAACCAGUAAACUCAACCUUCACUGAUCUGAAACGUUUCAUUCUUUACCUUUAUAGUACUAGGCAACAUCAUCUUUUUGUGGUUUGUAGCUUUACAGUCUCAUUAUAUAAGAAAAACCUUUGCAAUUCCUGUUUGAUCUGCUUCUUUAUAGAAUCUGAAACAGUCCUUUACAAUUGCUUUAUUCCUUAUUACAUACAAUUUUCUGGGGAAAUAAAGAUGUGCUUUCUCAUUCAUCAAAAGUAAUCGUUUUUUGAA